AUGUCUACCAAGUUGAUAGUCGUUACUGGUGUCACCGGCGUUCAGGGCGGCUCCGUUGCUCGUUUGUUCGCCCAAGACCCAAACUGGCGCGUUCGGGGCAUUACUCGCCAUCCGGAUAAGCCUGCUAAUGCCUCUCUGCGCGAGGCUGGGAUUGAGCUCGUGGCCGGCGAUUACGACGACGUGGACUCCCUAGACAGGGCUUUUAAUGGAGCUAACGCUAUCUUUGGAACCACUGACUUUUGGCAGUUCAUCAAAGACCCACAGGUAAUCGCCGAAGCCAAAACAAGGGGGAAGCAAGUCAAUGAGAUCGCCUUUGAGCGCGAAGUCCAGCAAGGGAAGAACAUCGUCACCGCUGCCGCCAAGCAUGUGUCAACUCUAGACCGACUCGUGUUGUCCAUCCUGAGCAACAGCAAGAAGUGGAGUAAUGGUGAAAUCCUCUGGAACCUCCACUUCGAUGGCAAAGCUCAGUACACCGAGUACAUGCAGCAAACAUACCCAGCUCUAGCAGCGAAGACGAGCUAUUUUCAUAUUGGAGUCUAUCUCAGUAACUGGUGGAACCCGAUGCAGAGACCGGAGAAGCAAUCAGAUGAUACUUAUGUCCUGCAUGUCACUGCAGACUAUGGUGACCACCCAAUCCCUUGGGUCCAUGCUCAGCACGAUACGGGCUACUUCGUUAAAGCUCUCAUACGCGCCCCACCCGGCACUGCGAUUCUGGGAUGCAGCCGACUCAUGCGUUACCAGGAUUACUGGAAGCUAUGGGCUGAGGUCAAAGGAGUUAGACUUGUGGUGCAAGUGGACAAAGAGUUCGAUUCUACUGGAGUCCCUGAUUGGUUGGCGAGAGAAAUGUACGAUAGCAAGCAGUAUGUCUCAAAGUAUGGGUGGGCAGGUGGUGAUCCAAAGGUUAAGGAACCCCAAGAAGCGGGAGUGGAGAUGGACAAACUCAUGGAUAUUGAACGCUACAUGAGGGAGACGGAUUAUGUUGGUUUCAUGUAA